CCGAAUAUAUCGAAUAUCGCCAUGUUUUGAGCUGUCUCGUUUGUUUGAUCGACUUUGCUUGUGAGUGUGUGUUUCAUGGUUGGGUUGAAAUUUCGAUAAAAAACUUUUUAAAAAAUUUAAAUUUCCAAACGAAACAAAAAUGAUGUCCAGAUCGGUUCGUGCAGAAACACGUAGUAGAGCUAAAGAUGACAUUAAACGUGUUAUGCAUGCAAUCGAUAAGGUUAGAAAAUGGCAGAAAAAAUGGGUAACAAUUGGUGAUACGACAAUGAAAAUCUAUAAAUGGGUACCAGUUACCAGCUAUGAUGAGACGAGUUUUAAAAACAAAAGUUCAUCAUCCACUUCAACGAAAACGGAUACUGGAUCAUCAUCAUCGCAACAACAACAACAAUCAUCAUCAACUACAUCAAAAUCAAUUGAUCAAAAUAAUAAAGAAAAUUCCAAACCACUAAAUAAUGUUGGUGGUGGAGAUGAUUCACAAAGUUUUCUACAAUCCGAAUGUUCAAGUCAAGAUGGUUCGAAUUCCAUAUCUCAGCUAUCAUCAUCAGCAUAUCAUCCAAUGGAAACCAAUGAUACAAGCACAAGUAAUCCGACCGGAAAUCUGGUUAGCCAAACAACAGCAAACAAUAGUAUUAGUAGCAUGUUGGAUGCACAUAAUGAUAAUGCACAAUUUCCUGAUAAUUGUCCGACAUCUAUAUCGAAUAACAAAACAGUCAACAACAACAGUAAUAAUACUCAGGAUAAGUAAGAAGAAACAAAAAAAAAUAUUAAUUUUUAUUCCAAUUCAGUUAAUCAUUAAUCAUAAAAAAACAUGAUUUAUAUGUCACAUAAACUAAUUAGAUGAUUGUAUUCAGAUUAAACUUUCUUCCGAUUGAAA